AUGACCAAAGUCAACGUCAAAGUGGUGGCUGCUGAGUCAUUGUAUAAACGUGAUGUGUUCCGGCAGCCUGACCCAUUUGCUGUUAUCACCGUCGAUGGUGAUCAGACCAUCACCACCAAAACCGCCAAAAGAACAUUGAACCCAUACUGGAACGAGUCUUUCUUGCUCAGUGCUUCCGAGGACUCCAUCUUGGCUAUUCAAGUUUUCGACCAAAGAAAAUUCAAGAAGAAGGAUCAGGGUUUUUUGGGUGUGGUUAAUGUUCGUGUCGGUGAUGUUAUUGAUUUGUCGUUAUCCGGCUCUGAGGAAACCAUCACCCGAGACUUGAAGAAGUCUAAUGAAAACCUAGCUGUCAGUGGGCGUGUCAUCAUUGUUUUGAGCCACAACACCAACCCGUCCUCUGCCCCUGCCGCCAAUGGUUCUGUCGCUCCUGCUCCAAGAGCAUCGUCAUCUGCACGCAAUUCCGUUCCAAACUCUACACCUGCUGCUUCGUCUGCUCCUCCCGCUUCUAAUGGUAACGGAAACAGCAAUGGAAACGGCGAGCAGUUCACCAAGCAGUACUCGUCCUUCGAAGACCAGUACGGAAGAUUGCCGCCCGGUUGGGAGAGAAGAACCGACAACUUCGGCCGUACCUACUACGUGGACCACAACUCGAGAACCACUACCUGGGAGAGACCAACCUUGGACCAGAGUGAGACCGAGAGAGGUCAGCAGAGAGAAAACCAUACUGAGGCUGAGAGAAGGCAGCACCGUGGUAGAACCUUGCCUGGCGAAGCUCCUCAGUCCCCAACGAUGCAAUCAGCUAGCACGUCGACGAGCAACAAUGUUACAGUGAACUCUACCGGUGCAAACACCCCUGUUAGUCCUGCUGCUGCCGUUUCCAUGGCAGCCACUGGUGGUACUACCAGAGGCUUGGGCGAGUUGCCAACUGGUUGGGAGCAGAGAUUCACCAACGAAGGCAGGCCCUACUUUGUUGACCACAACACGAGAACAACCACCUGGGUUGAUCCCAGAAGACAACAGUACAUCCGUACUUUUGGGCCCAACACCACGAUUCAGCAGCAGCCAGUCAGUCAGUUAGGCCCAUUGCCUUCCGGUUGGGAAAUGAGAUUGACUAACACGGCCAGAGUCUACUUCGUGGACCACAACACAAAGACCACAACUUGGGAUGACCCUAGAUUGCCUUCCUCUUUGGAUCAAAACGUUCCACAGUACAAGCGUGACUUUAGAAGAAAGGUUAUCUACUUCAGAUCCCAGCCAGCAUUGAGAAUCUUGCCAGGCCAGUGCCACAUCAAGGUGAGGAGAGACCAUAUUUUCGAGGAUUCAUAUCAGGAAAUCAUGAGACAGACUCCAGAGGACUUGAAGAAGAGACUCAUGAUCAAGUUCGACGGCGAAGAAGGUUUGGAUUACGGUGGAGUUUCGAGAGAGUUUUUCUUCUUGUUGUCACACGAUAUGUUCAACCCAUUCUACUGUCUUUUCGAGUACUCUUCUCACGACAACUACACGCUACAGAUCAACCCUAACUCGGGUAUCAACCCCGAGCACUUGAAUUACUUCAAGUUCAUCGGUAGAGUUGUGGGCUUGGGUGUGUUCCACAGACGUUUCUUGGAUGCUUUCUUUGUUGGUGCCUUGUAUAAGAUGAUGUUGCGCAAGAAGGUUAACUUGCAAGAUAUGGAAGGUGUCGAUGCCGAAUUCUACAGAUCUUUGCAGUGGAUUCUCGACAACGAUAUCACUGACAUCCUCGACUUAACGUUCAGUGCUGAGGACGACAAGUUCGGUGAGAUUGUUGAGGUCGACUUGAAGCCAGGUGGAAGAGAGAUUGAGGUUACGGAGGAGAACAAGGCUGAAUACGUCGAGUUGAUCAGUGAAUGGAAGAUUCACAAGAGAAUUGAAUUGCAAUUCCAAGCAUUUAUUGACGGCUUCAACGAGUUGAUUCCUCAAGAGUUGGUGAAUGUGUUUGACGAAAGAGAGUUGGAGUUGUUGAUUGGUGGUUUGGCUGAAAUUGAUGUCGAGGACUGGAAGAAGCACACGGAUUACAGAGGAUACCAAGAAACCGACCAAGUUAUCCAGUGGUUCUGGCAGUGCAUCAAGGAGUGGGACUCCGAACAAAAGGCCAGAUUGUUGCAAUUCACCACUGGUACGUCAAGAAUCCCUGUCAAUGGUUUCAAAGAUUUGCAAGGUUCCGAUGGUCCAAGAAGAUUUACUAUCGAAAAGGCUGGCGAGCCCAACCAGUUGCCAAAGUCCCACACUUGUUUCAACAGAGUGGAUUUCCCACCUUAUACCUCUUAUGAGAGCAUGAAGCAAAAGCUUACACUUGCAGUUGAAGAGACUGUCGGUUUCGGACAAGAGUAA